AUGUCGUCCUACGUAGGUCAACGGUUGGCGUUCGACGGCAAUCUAUGCACAGUGCGAUAUGUCGGGCCUCUGGACAAUACUCAAGGACUUUGGCUCGGUGUCGAAUGGGACGAUACUACCAGAGGUAAACAUGAUGGGACAUACAAAGGCCAACGGAUAUUCUCGUGUCUAUCAUCUGCACCCACUCCGGCCUCGUUCAUUCGUCCUACCAGAACGCCGGACAAGACCAGGACAGUCUUGGAGGCAAUCAAGUACAAGUAUGAUCAGGCAACGCACGAGAACGGCAGCCUGAAAGGGCCAGGCUAUCAGAUCAUCGAGAUCUCCAAGAAGAAGGUCGAGGAGGUUGGCUUUGACAAGAUCACUCAGCAGAUGUCAAAGCUCGAAAACCUCAAGAUCGCACUGAUUGACCAACUCGGCGUUGCUGGCCUGCAGACACCUGACGCUGUCACAGAUGACCUGAAUGAUGCUCAACAACGGUUGUCCAGUACAUGUCCAAACAUAAGCGAGCUUGAUCUUGGCUGGAAUCUGUUCGAAUCGUGGCAAGACAUCAUCGAUGCCUGUGCACCACUGAGAAGUCUACGUGUCCUGAAAUGCGAUGGACUGCGUCUAAGAUCACUCGAGAGUACCCAACAGCUACCCAGCAUCACAGAGCUGCAUCUUAACAGUUGUCUAUUGAGACCAGUAGAUGUCCUAGCUCUCCUGAGUGUUGGAGACAAACCAGUGUUCCCAAACCUGAGGACUCUAUGGAUCUCGCACAACGAAUUGGACUCAUUCAACGUGCCAGCAAGAAGACUUGUCUUCAGCUCCGUUACCAAUCUAGUUGUCGAGAACAACAACUUUGACAACCUCGCUGACGUGGCUAGAAUAUGCCAACACUUUCCCAAUGUCGAGUCCCUGUCAGUCCAGGACAACCUCAUCUCCUCAACGGGAAGCAAGACACUACUAUCAUCCACGCUCAAAUCCCUCAAUCUAGCAUCAAACAACAUCACAGACUUCAGCUUCAUUGACAGCCUCCCAUCACUCUUCCCAGUUCUCACGUCCCUACGAAUAUCCCGAAACCCAUUAUACGAGAGACUCGCCACCGCCCCACCGUCGACAACCUCCGAUCCAGUCCCAGACCGCCCCGGCAGAGCCUCCGAUGCACCGUUUUACCUCAUCCUAGCCCGCAUCCCAAACCUACAGACCCUCAACUACACCACCAUCACGCCACGAGACCGCGAGGAGGGCGAGAUCUACUACCUGUCGCUCGCCGACAAGGACAUCCGCGCUACACACCCAGGCAAAGCACCCGAAACCAAGCGUGAACACAUCACGGACUUUGAGACCAAAUACCCGUUGUACAACCACCUCGCUGCGAGUUACGACCGUCCGAAUCUCCUGACCAUCUCAUCCUCUGAUCCAGCCUUCCUCAACGCGCCAAAACCCACGGACAUCAACUUCGCCGCAAAAGCCUCCCUCGCUGCUCGGCUCGUAACUGCAACUUUCUAUAUUGCUUCUGAUAACGAGCAAACACUGACCCGCCCCCUCCCAACGACCCUCCCAGUCUACACCCUCAAGUCCCUCCUGGCGCGGCACUUCCACCUCCCACCCCUCCAAUUCACGCUGGUCUACGAGUCCGCCGACGAGCUGGAUCCCGAGCAGGUGACUACCACCAAACUGUGGGGCAGUUCGAAGGAGGCGUGGGUUGAGUGGGGGGUCUGGGAUGUUGAUGUUGGGCCUCCGAGAUCAUCAGGAGAGAAUGCUGGUAAAAGUGGUGAGGGUGAUAGGGGACAUGAGGGAAAUGAGGAAGAAAGGGAGGAUGAAGGGGAGUGGAUUGAAAACGGCAAGGUGCUGCUACGAGGAGGCACGAGGUGGCGGAGGAGGGAGGUUGAGAUUGUGGAUGGGUGGAGGGGUUGGGGGGAUUAUUUGGAUGGUGUUGGCGGUGGGUCAGAGGUGAGGGUGAGGGUUGAGCCGUUUGACAGAGCCUCACAAUGA